CCAAACAAUUUCAAAUUCCAAACACGGGCCCUCCAAAACACUCGAGAUUCGCCUGCAUUCCCAACCCACCUCGACGCCGGCGAGGCGAGAGGCCGCCCCCGUCUCGCCUCCGCCGCCCGAUCCGGAGCCGGGCCGGGGGGAGGAGGCGCCGGGUGACAAGGGGAAAGGGGAAGAAGAAGAGGCGAUGGAGUUCACAGAGGCGUACAAGCAGACGGGCCCCUGCUGCUUCUCCCCCGACGCCCGCUACCUCGCCGUCGCCGUCGACUACCGCCUCGUCGUCCGCGACAUCGUCUCCCUCAAGGUGGUACAAUUAUUUUCAUGUGUGGACAAGAUUAGCUUUCUGGACUGGGCACCGGACUCAGAGUAUAUUCUAUGUGGACUCUACAAGCGCCCCAUGGUGCAGGCUUGGUCACUGAGUCAGCCUGACUGGACCUGCAAGAUUGACGAGGGCCCUGCUGGGAUUGCAUAUGCUCGCUGGAGUCCUGACAGUCGUCAUAUACUGACGACAUCAGAGUUUCAGCUUCGUCUGACGGUCUGGUCUCUUGUAAAUACAGCAUGUGUACAUGUGCAGUGGCCAAAGCAUGCCUCCAGAGGUGUUUCUUUUACUAAGGAUGGGAAGUUUGCUGCAAUCUGCACCAGGCGUGACUGCAAGGAUUAUGUAAAUUUGCUCUCAUGCCAUUCCUGGGAGAUAAUGAGUGUCUUUGCUGUUGACACGGUAGACUUGGCAGGUGUUGAGUGGUCACCAGAUGAUAGUGCCAUUGUGGUCUGGGAUUCACUUCUGGAGUACAAGAUUCUGAUAUAUUCACCGGACGGGAGGUGCCUGUUCAAGUACUUAGCAUAUGAAAGUGGGUUGGGUGUGAAAACUGUUGCUUGGUCACCAUGUGGGCAGUUCUUAGCAGUUGGCAGCUAUGAUCAAGCAGUGCGUACUUUGAACCACCUGACAUGGAAAACUUUUGCUGAGUUCACACAUGCGCCAUCUAUUCGAAAUCCUACCAAUGCUGCUAUAUUUAAGGAAGUGGAUGAUCCAUGGCAACUUGACAUGUCAGAGUUAUGCUUAAGUGAAGGAUUCUCUCGUAACAUGCAAGGCAAUGGUGCUGAAAAUGGGACCGAGGGAGGUUCUAGAGUUAAGUAUGCUGUUAUGGAUGCUCCAAUCACUUUGCCUUCACAGAAACCAGCUACUGACAAGCCCAACCCCAAGCAAGGAAUUGGUAUGCUGUCAUGGAGCAGCAACAGUCACUAUUUCUUCACUAGGAAUGACAACAUGCCAAAUGCUCUUUGGAUAUGGGAUAUCUGCCGGCUUGAGCUUGCGGCUGUUCUUCUACAGAAAGAUCCGAUCCGUGCUGCUGCUUGGGACCCUAACUGCCCACGCCUUGUUUUCUGCACGGAGAGUCCACACCUAUACAUGUGGACUCCAUCUGGUGCAUGCUGUGUCAACAUUCCGUUGCCAAACUUCCGGGUUGUGGACUUGAAAUGGAACUCGGAUGGAAGUUGUCUUCUCCUGAAAGACCGUGAUUCGUUCUGCUGUGCUGCAAUUGUAUCCCCUUUGCCAGAGGAAGAGGCUGAUCAAUCAGAUGAUAGCUCUGACGAUGAAUGAUCUUGUUUGUCUUGCUAUAGCAAUGGGAUCUGUGGCGGUUUUAUCACCGGAGCUAUGCUGUAUCAUACCAAUAGAUGCAUUCGGGUAACGGCUUAUUCUAGUCUGCUAUUCGGGUUAACACCUUGUUCUAAUCUGCUAGGAGGGAAGACGAAUGUUUCUUUCCGCAUUAAACAUAUAGAGAUGCUGUCAUUGUAGGCACUAUCUUACAUUCUCAAACCAUCUUUGCUGGGAUUGCUGAAACUGCUUAGAUUUUGUAGAUGCAAUGAUCUAUACAGUAAAUGUGGAACCUUACUCCAUGAAUGUGUAACAUCCGUGUUCUGUUGUUGAGUGGCAA